GAGCCGCGCCGAGCGCACGGAGCGGAGCCGCGUCGCUGCGGUCCCGGCCGCGCCAUGGGGAAGGAGCAGGAGCUGGUGCAGGCGGUGAAGGCGGAGGACGUGGGGACCGCGCAGAGGCUGCUGCAGAGGCCGCGGCCCGGGAAGGCCAAGCUCCUGGGCUCCACCAAGAAGAUCAAUGUCAACUUCCAGGACCCAGAUGGCUUCUCUGCCCUGCACCACGCGGCCCUCAAUGGCAACACGGAGUUGAUCACCCUGCUGCUGGAGGCCCAGGCUGCUGUGGACAUCAAGGACAACAAAGGCAUGCGGCCAUUGCACUACGCGGCCUGGCAGGGCCGGAAGGAGCCCAUGAAGCUGGUGCUGAAGGCGGGCUCGGCAGUGAACAUCCCCUCCGACGAGGGCCACAUCCCCUUGCACCUGGCGGCCCAGCAUGGUCACUACGAUGUGUCCGAGAUGCUGCUCCAGCACCAGUCCAACCCGUGCAUGGUGGACAACUCGGGGAAGACGCCCCUGGACCUGGCCUGUGAGUUCGGUCGCGUCGGGGUGGUCCAGCUGCUCCUAAGCAGCAACAUGUGUGCAGCCCUGCUGGAGCCACGGCCUGGUGACACCACUGACCCCAAUGGCACCAGCCCCCUGCACCUGGCAGCCAAGAAUGGCCACAUCGACAUCAUCAGACUCCUCCUCCAAGCCGGCAUUGACAUUAACCGACAAACCAAGUCCGGCACAGCCCUGCACGAGGCUGCGCUCUGCGGGAAGACAGAAGUGGUUCGGCUGCUGCUGGACAACGGGAUCAAUGCCCAUGUGAGGAACACCUACAGUCAGACGGCCCUGGACAUCGUGCACCAGUUCACCACGUCCCAGGCCAGCAAAGAGAUCAAGCAGCUGCUGCGAGAGGCCUCGGCAGCACUGCAGGUCCGGGCGACCAAGGAUUAUUGCAACAAUUACGACCUGACCAGCCUCAAUGUGAAAGCUGGGGACAUCAUCACAGUCCUUGAGCAGCAUCCAGACGGCCGGUGGAAGGGCUGUAUCCAUGACAACCGGACAGGCAACGACCGUGUGGGCUACUUCCCGUCCUCCCUGGGUGAGGCCAUCGUCAAGCGAGCAGGUUCCCGAGCAGGCGCCGAACCAAGCCCAUCCCAGGGAGGCAGCUCAGUGGGGCCCUCUGCGCCCCCCGAGGAGAUCUGGGUGCUGAGGAAGCCUUUUCCAGGUGGGGACCGCAGUGGCAGCUUGAGCAGUGUGGCCGGUGGCCGGAGCAGCGGGGGCCACACCCUGCAUGCAGGCUCUGAAGGAGUCAAGCUCCUGGCAACCGUGCUCUCCCAGAAGUCUGUCUCUGAGUCCAGCCCUGGGGACAGCCCUGUCAAGCCUCCGGAGGGCUCCACAGGUGCGGCCCGGUCCCAGCCUCCAGUGGCCCAUGCCGGGCAGGUCUAUGGGGAGCAGCCAUCCAAGAAGCUGGAGCCAGCAUCGGAGGGCAAGAGUGCCGAGGCUGUCAGCCAGUGGCUUGCCACAUUCCAGCUGCAGCUCUACGCCCCUAACUUCAUCAGCGCGGGCUACGACCUGCCCACCAUCAGCCGCAUGACCCCUGAGGACCUCACAGCCAUCGGGGUCACCAAGCCGGGCCACCGGAAGAAGAUCACUGCAGAGAUCAGCGGCCUGAGCAUCCCCGACUGGCUGCCUGAGCACAAACCCGCUAACCUGGCCGUGUGGCUGUCCAUGAUCGGCCUGGCCCAGUACUACAAGCUGCUGGUGGACAACGGCUACGAGAACAUCGACUUCAUCACUGACAUCACCUGGGAGGACCUGCAGGAGAUCGGCAUCACCAAGCUGGGACACCAAAAGAAGCUGAUGCUGGCAGUGAGGAAACUAGCCGAGCUGCAGAAGGCAGAGUACGCCAAGUAUGAGGGGGGACCCCUGCGCCGGAAGGUGCCCCAGUCGCUUGAAGUGAUGGCCAUUGAGUCGCCGCCUGCGCCUGAGCCUGCCCCAGCUGACUGCCAGUCUCCUAAGAUGACUACCUUCCAGGACAGCGAGCUCAGUGGCGAGCUGCAGGCUGCAAUGACUGGCCCGGCCGAGGGGGCUGCUGCUGCUGCCGCCACCACUGCUGAGAAGCCCUCCAACCACCUGCCGCCCACCCAGAGGGCCUCCAUGCGGCAGGAGCCCAGCCUGGGUGGGCGGGCACGGCACAUGAGCAGCUCUCAGGAGCUGCUUGGCGAUGGGCCCCCUGGGCCUGGCAGCCCCAUGUCACGAAGCCAGGAAUACCUGCUGGAUGACGGGCCAGCCCCCGGCACCCCACCCAAGGAGGCCCGGCCCAGCCGCCAUGGCCACAGCGUCAAGCGGGCCAGUGUGCCCCCGGUGCCCGGAAAGCCACGGCAGGUCCUUCCGCCAGGUGCCAGCCACUUCACACCCCCCCAGACGCCCACUAAAACCCGGCCAGGCUCCCCCCAGGCCCUGGGGGGACCAGCCCCAGCCACAGCCAAGGUGAAGCCCACGCCACAGCUGCUGCCACCAACGGAGCGACCCAUGUCACCCCGCUCACUGCCUCAGUCACCCACACACCGUGGCUUUGCCUACGUGCUGCCCCAGCCUGUGGAGGGCGAGGCAGGGCCAGCUGCUCCGGGACCUGCACCCACAGCCAUGCCCACGCCCGUGCCCACGCUGUGCCUGCCCCCCGAGGCCGAUGUAGAGCCAGGGAGGCCCAAGAAGCGCGCCCACAGCCUGAACCGCUACGUGGCAUCUGACAGCGAGCCGGAGCGGGACGAGCUGCUGGUGCCGGCUGCCGCGGGGCCCUAUGCCACAGUCCAGAGACGCGUGGGCCGCAGUCACUCGGUGCGAGCACCUGCCGGCGCCGACAAGAACGUCAACCGCAGCCAGUCCUUUGCCGUGCGGCCCCGAAAGAAGGGGCCCCCACCGCCCCCACCCAAGCGCUCCAGCUCAGCCAUGGCCAGUGCCAAUCUGGCCGAUGAGUCAGUGCCAGAUGCUGAGACUGAGAGGGCUGGGCCUGAGGAUGGCCUGCUGGGGGUCCGGGCACAGCGCCGGCGGGCUAGUGACCUGGCCGGCAGCGUGGACACAGGCAGUGCCGGCAGCGUGAAAAGCAUCGCAGCCAUGCUCGAGCUAUCGUCCAUUGGGGGUGGGGGCCGGGUAGCCCGCAGGCCCCCUGAGGGCCAACCCACGCCUCGCCCUACCAGCCCAGAGCCAAGCCGGGUGGCCACGGUGCUGGCCUCAGUGAAGCACAAGGAAGCCAUCGGGCCUGAUGGUGAGGUGGUGAACCGGCGCCGCACACUCAGCGGGCCCGUCACAGGACUUCUGGCCACUGCCCGCCGGGGCCCUGGGGAGCCAGCGGGGCCUGCAGAUCAUGGCCACCUUGUGGAGGAUGGCGCUGCCCGACAGCGGCCUCGAGGUCCAGCCAAGGGUGAGGCGAGUGGGGAGGGCCUGCCUCUGGCCAGGGUGGAGGCCAGCGCGACGCUCAAGAGGCGCAUCCGAGCCAAGCAGAAUCAGCAGGAGAGCAUCAAGUUCAUCUUGACUGAGUCCGACACGGUCAAGCGCAGGCCCAAGGCCAAAGAGCGGGAGGCAGGUCCCGAGCCACCCCCGCCACUGUCUGUGUAUCAGAAUGGCACAGGCACUGUGCGCCGCCGACCGGCCUCGGAGCAGGCUGGGCCCCCAGAGCUGCCCCCACCGCCCCCACCUGCUGAGCCCCCCCCCUUUGACUUGAUGCAGCUGCCCCCACUGCCCCCACCUGACGAUGCCCGGAAGCCAGCCAAGCCGCCUGUCUCUCCCAAGCCUGUCCUGGCUCAGCCCGUGUCCAAGAUCCAGGGCUUGCCCACUCCUGCCUCCAAGAAGGUGCCGCUGCCAGGUCCCAGCAGCCCAGAGGUGAAGCGCGCGCACGGCACGCCGCCGCCCGUGUCUCCUAAGCCGCCGCCGCCGCCCACGGCUCCCAAGCCGGCCAAGGCCGCGGCGGGGCUGCAGUCGGGCAGCGCCGCCGCCGCCGGACCUCCCGCCGCGCCCGACGGCGCCUCGCCCGGCGACAGCGCCCGGCAGAAGCUGGAGGAGACGAGCGCGUGCCUGGCGGCGGCGCUGCAAGCCGUAGAAGAAAAGAUCCGGCAGGAGGACGCGCAGGGCCCGCGCCCCGUGGCCGCGGAGAAGACUACAGGCAGCAUCCUGGACGACAUCGGCAGCAUGUUCGACGACUUGGCCGACCAGCUGGACGCCAUGCUGGAGUGACGCGGCUGCACACGGCGGGCCCUACCGCGCCGCCUGGGCUCUGGCCCGCACACUGACGUUUACCUCAGGAUGGGCACCUCUGGGCGAGGCGCGAGCGGGCAGGGCAGUGGGCCGAGGGGGCAGCCGCAGGCACGAGGCGGGGGCAGGCCGAGCUGCCCAGCCCCUGCACAAGCACAACUCCUGCCCCUGGGCCAGGUUGCCGAGGCCGGCCGCCCAGCCUGGAGGACUGCCUGGCUGGGAGACCCAAGGGCUCUGGGCAGAUGCUGCUGCCCCGUGGGUGCCCGUCCCUGUCUGCUGCUCCCUGUGCAAUAACUGCUGGGCCACCCGUCCACCCACCACCAGGCUCUGCCCGCUGUGGGUGGAGGAGGAGCAGCCCCUGGCCUCCCUGCCCUGGGUCCAGUCUGGGCCCACUCUCGGAGGUGGUGGGAGGGGGGCAGGCGCUGUAGCCCCCUCCCCAACCUGUGGCAGAGCACAGGCCUAUGCCCAGCACAGAACUGCCCAGUGGGGACCUGUCAGCCACACCGGCGCAGCACAAGGGGCUGGGGCGGGGGGUUGGGCCCCCUGCCCCACUACACCCCCAGAAUAUAAGCUAUCAAGAGUAUUAAUUUAUUGGGAAUGAGCUGAAGCAGAUUUCCCCAGAGAAACAAAAAAGGUAUAACUUUAACAAAUAUAUAUUUAAAGAAAGAAAAAAUAUUAUUGAUUCUAUAGAAAACCAUUCACCAACUGUAAGGGCACUGGAGUCUAGCUCGAGACAAAAGCUGUUAGAGGCCCCGGCUGUCUGUCUGUCUGUCCGUUCUUCCCUCCCUUCGUCUAGGAGUGGCAGACCCCUGGUCCAGUAGCACAAACAGGAGGCUGGGGUCUGGGGAGGGGUCCAUGCUCCACCAGGGCCUCCCCUCUGCUCUCUCCUGACUUCUCUGCAUCUGUGGAACUCGAAGGAUGUGCCUUGCUUGCUGCUAGGCUGUGUCCUCCAUGCCGUGGAGAUGGUGGGUGGGGGGCCUCCCUCCACUCCCCG